GGUACUGACAGCAGCACGAGCGAUGCGAGUCAAGGGUCGCGAGGAAACAGACUAAAUAAGAACACCACGGCCGAGAAUCGUCUUGUUUCAGCAGCGCGAACAGAAACACAAAGAGCAUGUCGGUGCUAGCUCUUCAAGAGUACGAGUUCGAGAGACAGUUCAACGAGGACGAAGCCAUCCGAUGGAUGCAGGAGAACUGGAAGAAGUCCUUUCUCUUCUCUGCACUCUAUGCUGCCUUUAUCCUCGGGGGCCGCCAUGUCAUGAAACAGAGGGAGAAGUUUGAGUUGAGGAAACCGCUGGUGCUAUGGUCGCUCACGCUUGCCGUAUUCAGUAUAUUUGGUGCCAUCCGUACUGGGAGUUACAUGACGUACAUCCUGAUGACGAAAGGGCUUAAACAGUCAGUUUGUGACCAGAGCUUUUACAACGGGCCUGUCAGCAAGUUCUGGGCAUACGCCUUUGUACUUAGUAAAGCACCAGAACUGGGUGACACCCUCUUCAUCGUUCUGAGGAAACAGAAGCUCAUCUUCCUCCACUGGUACCACCACAUCACCGUGCUGCUCUACUCCUGGUACUCCUACAAAGACAUGGUGGCUGGCGGCGGAUGGUUCAUGACCAUGAACUACUUGGUCCACGCCGUCAUGUACUCUUACUACGCCUUGCGGGCGGCCGGCUUCAAGCUGUCGCGCAAGUUUGCCAUGUUCAUCACACUGACCCAGAUCACCCAGAUGCUGAUGGGCUGUGUGGUCAACUACUUGGUGUACUCGUGGAUGCAGCAGGGCCAGGAGUGUCCAUCCCACAUGCAGAACAUUGUGUGGUCCUCCCUCAUGUACCUCAGCUACUUUGUGCUCUUUGUCCAGUUCUUCAUCGAGGCCUACUUCGGCAAGUCCAAAUCAUCGGCCACGGCUGUCACCAAGAAGAGCGAGUAAACACAUGCCAUAAGUGUGGGAAGAAGGGAGAUAAUGAAGAAAAAGGGAGUUGGAAAUGGAGAGCAGGGACCAGCGACUUGAGAGAAUCUGUUAGGGUUGGGUAAAGGUUGUUGGAAUGAAAGAUGGAUUGAUGGAGAGGUGGCAUUGUGGCUGGGGGAGUGAGGAGUGAGGGUGGGGUGGGGUCGGGGUGGGAGGGUCAAGAGGAUGGCUGGUGUUUGUGCUUGAGCGUUUCAAUUAAUGUGCAGAUCUAAAAUGCCUCAAUGGAGAUGUCACCUCCAUUGAGGGAUGCUGAGGAAGCAGCGCUGCCAUGAUCAGAAGCCAUCAUUAGCUGUCCACCUGAAGUUUAAAAGCCCCUUUUUGAAUUCACCAUGAAUAAUUUUUAAAAACCUAGAAUAUAACAAAAGGACAAAAUCACCGGAUUAAAACAAAUACAUUGCCACAAGCAUAUGUUUACUUGAUAUUAAAAAAUACUAUUAAUCUGUACAUAUGAAGAUGGAUGGAGUCAGCAUUAACUUAAGCCAUCUGAGUAUGUUUUUGUCCGUCUGUCGUCAGUGUUUGUUGUUUUGUUUUGAUCUGUCAAAGAAAAAGUUUGAGAAACUGGUGAGUGUGUGGUUGAUGUGAACUGAUGGGGUGAACGGCACUGUAUCUUCUGUGUCUUACAUUGCAAAUUGCGAUAUUUUCUCAGGUCUUAGGUUAUCUCUUCCUUAAUAAAUAUGCAUAUCAAGACAAAGUAGACUUGUUUAACAUCAGCACCGGUUUACAGUAUGGCUAAAAUUCAUCCAGUAUGGCCGCAUAGUUGAUAAAAAGUAUGAAUGAAGCUGAUUGGACUGACUGACUCAGAUGAUCACACUGCUCCUGGGCAUGAUGGGAAACAGAUGCUGACAGUGCCCUGCUUCACCACUUGUCAUGACCUUGCAGAAGUUGCCGACCACACUUGGAAAAUGACUUGCCAUUGAUUUCCAAAUGCUACUCUGUGUUAAAGGGUCCCUACCAGUGAAGAAAACGUGUAUGUUGGACACUGAAGGCUUAAGUGGAGGACAAACAUAUUUAUGUUUAGCAAAAGAAAAAAAAAUCAAACAUGCAAAUUGUUAAAAUCUGCUGUAUUGACUUUAAAAAAUAGUAUGUAUCCUUAAUGGUGUCUGUUGUGCUAUUGUGCAUUUGCACUGUAUCAAUGUCAAAAACAAUUGUUGCUGAAAAACUUAACGUAUGAACAAAGAGUGCAAAAAACGUGACAUGUGCCUGUGGUGUUUAUUUUUUUUGUCUCGGCUGCAACAUCUUGGUAUUGCACAUACUUGAUCCUUUUUUGGUUGCUGAACCUGCAAAGCCAUUUUAGGGGCUAUAUGGCAGAUUUACAAGCAGCAAUAUUUAGAAAGGCUAGAGGGUGAUUAUCACUUCCAAAUAUCCAGUACGUCUGUUCAGCUGUUUAAAUGAGUAAGCCGUAUGCUUGCAUGCAAAUCAAACUGGAUUCAGUGGAUCUUAUGUAGCAGUAAUUACAAGCAUUUCAGUUGCAUACCUGCUAUGAGCUCCUCAGCGUAUCAGUGAUCCCACUCUCUGGAUUCACCUGAGUCAAUAAAGUGGGGCGUGUCAGCACUGGAUAAAACUGGCUGGUGGCAGUUAUAAAAACAGCAUUUGUGACUGGAGUAAUUGAGUUAACUGGCUCAACCAAUUAACCAUUCCACAAUUACUGCUGGCCCUGCAUUCAAAAGUGAUGACAUCCACUGUACCUGGCCUCCCCCUAGAGGUGCAAUUGCGCAGCAAAGCGUAAUCACUGAGAGUUAGUGCAGUUGUACAAAAACUGUUAAGACAGACAGAGGUUCUCUGCUCUGUUCUGUCAAUGAUUUUGGUACCCUGAUCAUGUAACAUUUUUUUUUCUUUUUCCUGUUGUUUAUUGUUGGAGAUGUGCAUAAACACACCUUAAAUCAAAGUUUAUCUGCUAAAAUAAAUUCAAAAUGUCUUUCAUGUAAAUGCCCUAUUGUGAUUGUGUUAAGAUACCCCAUAGUAAAAGACUGAAGGCUGAAUUGUUUUGUAGUACAUGCAGGGCAGACUUAAUAAAGGUCAACCCAGACAGAAUAGUAUCCUGUUUAAUGGCAAAAGCAAGUAGAAUAAAUGGCUCCACAUG